AUGGCUCGUAACGUCGAUCCGUACCUGACAGGACCCGACUUGGUCGUUUCCAAGAACCUUCUCCAGGAAUUACAAGCAUUGGCAACACCAGCAGGGCAGGACCCUGCAGACGAUGACCAGGACAUCAAGCAUCUACUUGCAAUCAACGACCCUAAAAGUUCAGAAUUUGUGCCAACUGUCUUUACAACAUGGGACGACAAGGAUAUCAAUCCUACCAUCAACAAGUAUCUGGUCAAGCCAUACACUAAAGUUGCCAUGGGGAUUGUGCGCCACCCGACAGACGUCGUCUUCCUAACGCAUAUUAUCCUGUACAUGACGGUCAACCUGGCAAGCGCGGCAUACCUAUACUAUGAUUUCCAUUGGUAUCAUGGUGUGAUACACACUGUAUACACCGUAUGGUGUGCCGGUGCUUUUACCCUGCUCAUGCACAAUCAUAUCCACAACGGAGGUGUUCUGAAGAAGGAGUAUGCAUGGUUCGAUCUUACCUUCCCUUACUUGUUGGAGCCGCUGAUGGGCCACACAUGGGACUCGUACUACUAUCACCACGUCAAGCACCACCAUGUCGAAGGCAAUGGACCAGACGACCUCUCCUCGACCAUUCGCUACCAACGCGAUUCGCCGUUCGACUUUGCAUGCUAUGUCGGACGCUUCCUUCUUNUCAUCUGGGCUGAGCUACCUCUGUACUUCCUUCGCAAGGGCAAGUCAAGAUUGGCACUUCAGUCUUGUGUAUCAGAGAUGGCCAACUACGCUUUCUUCUACUUCAUGGCGACCAAAGUCAACUUCGGUGCCUCUAUGUUUGUCCUCUUGCUUCCUUUCAGUAUCAUGCGUAUCGGGCUCAUGGUCGGAAACUGGGGACAGCACGCUCUUGUUGACGAAGUGGACCCCGAUUCGGAUUUCCGAAGCAGCAUCACCCUCAUUGAUGUUCCCAGUAACCGCUUCUGCUUCAACGAUGGCUAUCACACUGCUCAUCACCUCAACCCUCGCCGUCAUUGGAGAGAUGCACCUGUCCACUUCCUCCAAAGCAAGGNNGAAGCAUACAGCAGUGGUCGUGCGCUCGUCUUCCACAACAUCGACUAUUUGAUGUUGACCGUUAGAGUGCUCAAGAAGCAAUACCUCUACCUUGCCGAAAAUUGCUUGAUUCCAAUUGGCGAUCAAACUAAGAUGUCGAAACAAGAGCUCGCAGACAUGUUGCGUACAAAGACGAAGGCCUUCACUGAGGAAGACAUCAGACAGAAGUUUGGCAUCAAGUCUAGAUCCGGCAGAAAGAGUGGAUGGAUGAGUUGGACAGAGAAGGUCCUUGGUCGCUUCUCUGGUUCGGUCUCGGCUCCUAUGGUUAAAGAAGCGACCGAGUAG